UCAGCGGCAAAACCCCCCACACACAACACACACUCUAUACUGUAAUUACUACAGAAAAAUCAAAGAAAAGAAAAAAACAAAAAAAAAAAUGAAGGACAAAGCAGCGGAUCGUUCGGUGGAGGAUCGGUACACACAGUGGAAAUCCCUAGUUCCCGUUCUCUAUGAUUGGCUGGCUAAUCACAACCUCGUUUGGCCUUCCCUCUCUUGCCGAUGGGGGCCUCAAGUGGAACAAGCUACUUACAAAAACCGUCAGCGUCUAUACCUUUCCGAACAGACGGAUGGUAGUGUUCCAAAUACACUCGUCAUAGCAAAUGUUGAAGUUGUGAAAGCUAGGGUUGCAGCGGCGGAGCACAUAUCACAGUUCAAUGAAGAAUCACGUUCACCUUUCGUGAAGAAGUACAAGACCAUCAUUCAUCCAGGCGAGGUGAAUCGGAUAAGGGAACUGCCACAGAAUAGCAACAUUGUGGCUACCCACACUGACAGUCCUGAUGUUCUGAUUUGGGAUGUAGAGAAUCAAACAAAUCGCCAACCUGUUUUGGGUGCUACACCUUCUCGUCCCGAUCUGAUACUAACUGGACAUCAAGAUAAUGCUGAAUUUGCACUAGCAAUGUCUCCCACAGAACCCUUUGUGCUCUCUGGAGGUAAGGAUAAGUCUGUGGUUUUGUGGAGCAUCCACGACCAUAUAUCAUCUUUGGCUACAGAUUCGGGAACUCAAAAGUCUCCAGGAUCCAAUGGUAAAUCUGGAAACGGCUCAACUGUUCAAGCAAGAGGGAUUUUCCAAGGGCAUGAAGAUACUGUUGAGGAUGUCCAGUUUAACCCAUCAAGUGCACAGGAGUUCUGUAGUGUUGGUGAUGAUUCUUGUCUUAUACUGUGGGAUGCAAGAACCGGCUCUUCUCCUGCUGUUAAGGUUGAGAAGGCUCACGAUGCCGAUCUUCAUUGUGUUGAUUGGAAUCCAAACGAUGUAAAUCUAAUUUUGACAGGAUCUGCUGAUAAUACCGUUCGAAUGUAUGAUCGUCGAAAUCUUACUUCCGGGGGAAUUGGAUCCCCUGUUCACAUAUUUGAAGGCCACUCAGCUGCUGUCUUAUGUGUCCAGUGGUCUCCGGCUAAGGCAUCUGUCUUUGGCAGUGCUGCAGAGGAUGGUGUCUUGAAUAUCUGGGAUCACGGGAAGAUCGGCAAGGAGGAGAACGGUGCUGGAGCAGAAAAUUCUAAUUACCCACCAGGCUUAUUUUUCCGACACGCUGGGCACAGGGAUAAGGUGGUUGACUUUCACUGGAAUUCAGCCGAUCCUUGGACUAUUGUUAGUGUGUCUGAAGACGGAGAGAAGACCGGUGGAGGAGGCACACUCCAGAUAUGGCGAAUGAUCGACCUGAUUUACCGGUCUGAAGAGGAGGUGAUAGAGGAGUUGGAUAAGUUCAAAUCUCAUCUGCUGACAUGUUCUGGUUCUUCUUGAUAGUUUCGCAUUUUGUGGGGGUGCUGUCAGCUGUGCUGUUGUAUGUUACUUUAGCAAAACCCGUUGUGCUUUGUCCAUUGACGACAAAUAUUAGCUUUUACACGAUCUUUUGAUUUUGACGUCAACAAAAGCUUAUUUAUGUUCAACAUUUAGCCCCAAAUUUUAAGCUCAAACCCAAUAUUAUUGAUCUAAAUUUAACUAUUAUGUCUUAACUCUUAAGUAUAAAUAUUAAAUACCACUUAACC